GCAAAAGUGCUUUUUUUAACAAAAGCCGAAUUAAAACGUUUGUACAAACGAUUUGGCUACCCUUUUGUUAAACGCUUUUGGCAUAUGUUUAACCAAGCAAACCAUUGGGCAAAUUGCAACGCUUUGCAAAUAAUUAAUUGGCUUUUAAGCGCUGUUAAUUUAACACUUAUUUUGGCCCGCUUAACGUGGUAUUUUACAAUGCAAAAAUUAACUUUAUUACGAGCAAAUUUUAAGCGGAAGCAAAGCUUUUUGGAAUUACUUGCUAUUAGGUUUUUAUAA